UUAAGCGACACAGAGCGUCGCUGUGCUGUGCGCAGGCGAAUCAAAGCAACCAGCAGAGAGGCAGUGAGUGAGCGAUUACCAUGGAGAUUAGCUUGCUAACGCUGGCCCUGGUGGCCGGUGUGAUCGUGCUGGCGUACCGGUACUACACCAAGAACAACUUCUACUUUGCCGACAAACCGAUACCGUUCCUGAAGCCGGAAUUUCCCUUUGGCAACCAGAACCCGCUGAUGUUCAAGAAGGUGACCAUCUUCGAGCAUUUCCGCAACCUGUACGAUGCCUUCCCUACUGCCAAAAUCUACGGUAUGUUUAACCUCCGGCAACCGGCAUACGUCGUGCGCGAUCCCGAGCUGAUCAAGCAGAUCACGGUAAAGGAUUUUGAUCACUUUGCCGAUCACGUGGCAACCGGAUUGGAGGAUAGCAGCACCGAGGUGCUGCUAGCCAACUCGCUCGUUUCGCUGCGGGGCCAAAAGUGGCGCGAUAUGCGGGCCACCCUUAGCCCGGCCUUUACCGGCAGUAAGAUGCGCGUGAUGUUUAGUCUGAUCGCCGAGUGUGCCCAGUCGAUGGUGGAGCACUUUCGCGGCGAGGAAACAAAGGCUGCCGGGGGUGCCGGCACUGGUUUGCAGCUCGAGUUGAAGGAUGUGAUGUCACGGUUCGGUAACGACGUGAUCGGUACGGCGGCAUUCGGUAUCAAGGUGGAUUCGUUCCGCAAUCCCGAGAACGAGUUCAUCACCAUGGCCCGAUCCAUCAUGAACCAGCAGUCGAUAGUGAAGGUGCUCAAGAUGUUGGGCUUUACCUUCUUCCCCAAGCUGAUGGCGCGGCUUAAGUUUGACUUCCUGACGAAGGAGGAGGAUAAGUUCUUCCGCCAGACCAUCAGUGAGACGAUGCGUAUCCGCGAGGAGAAGGGCAUCUUCCGGCCGGACAUGAUCGAGCUGCUGAUGCAGGCGAAGAAGGGUAGCCUCAAGCAUCAGCAGGAAGGUGAUGAUAAGAAAACGGAAACUACCACCACCACCACCACCACCGAGGAAGGAUUCGCUACGGUCGAGGAGUCACAGAUUGGUCGGCGUGCUCACGAUCGCGCCUGGACGGACAGUGAGCUGAUCGCGCAGGCCUUUAUCUUCUUCUUUGCCGGCUACGAGACGGUCUCGUGGAGCAUCUCGUUCGCACUGUACGAGCUGGCGAUCGCGGAGGACAUUCAGCGGAAGCUGCGUGAGGAGAUCGAUGAAACGGAGGCAAGCCUAGCGGAGGGUGAAGUGAUCGGUUACGAGAAGCUACAGUCCAUGCGGUACAUGGACAUGCUCGUAUCGGAGACACUGCGCAAGUGGCCCUUCGGGACGGUGCUGAACCGCGAGUGCCUCCAGGAUUAUACGUGCGAUAACGGAUCCGGUGACAAGUUUACGAUCGAAAAGGGAAGCAUGCUGCUGAUACCGCUCAUAGGUAUUCACUUCGACGAGAAGUACUACACCGAGCCGGAACGGUUCGAUCCGGAGCGUUUCAACGAGCAAAACCGUAAGAACAUUCAGUCCGGCACGUACCUUCCGUUUGGUAUUGGUCCACGGAACUGUAUUGGUUCCCGGUUCGCCCUGAUGGAGGUCAAGGUGGUGCUGUACUAUCUGCUGAAGCACUUCCGCAUAGCUCCCUGCGCCAAGACGCAGAUUCCGCUCAAAUUUAAGAAGUCAGCCACGCAGCUAGCCACCGAGCAGGGCAUCUGGUUGGAGUUUAGCUCCAGAGCUGCCACGUAGUUACUUACAUUACCGUAUGACCCCGCAUCGUUCCCUCCCAAAUAUGGCUAAAUAUAAAGUAUUUAACACCAACUCCUCU